GAUACGCACUUUGAUAAACAUAUACUCGAAAUGCUUUUCUGGUAGCGAACGCACUCCUAUAAAAAGACUUGUCAGGUGCCUCUGUUUCAAUAAACCAUUAAGAACUUACAGAAAAAAAAGAAAAGAAAACGUUUUACUUUUUCUCUUGUGCAUUUUUGAAUGACUUGCUGGAUACUACCGGACUUACUUUAACUGCAACUCUCGCGGAAGGCACGCAUAUUUACUCCACUGCUGGAUUUUUUUAGAACUUAUAGAAACACUGAAACUGUUGCUUCAUCUGAUCUCAGCGAGAUGCUGUUCUGUAUGCUUAUCUUUCUCUCUGUUCUCACAAGAGCUUUGUACGGUGAAACGACGAUCAGCCUCGAAAACGGCGAAGCAGCCACAACAGAAAAUAUUUCCAUUGUUCGUCGUAAAUCUCCAGCCAAGCAUGCACUCGGUACAGGUGGUCGGCUCUCCCUUGUCAACUCCCGUUUCAGCAGACGUCCACGGAAAAAGAACCUGGACACAGAUCAACUUCUGGAAAUACUUGGUGAUUAUUACGAACCCGAGUGGAUGUCCAUAGAGGAACCACCAGCGCUGGCAAACAAGGAUCCGGACCGUGGAGUGAUCUAUGUAGUGAGGCACGAUGGUUGGCAACAUUCAGAGCUCAUCAAGCAGCUGCAAACUUCGAAUUUGAGCUUGGAACUGGCACAGUUGGGAGGAGAGAGUGUUCUGCAAGAUCCUACAUUUGUAACGACCGUCGAGAAGUGGCUGUUAAACAGAGCUUCAUGUCCAGUAAGAUAUGCAUGGGAAGACAUAGGUUCAUUGUUUUGGCCCCGGUACAUCAAGCGCGGUGAAUGUGCCAGUGUACCUGGUACAUGUUCCUGGCCACCCGGUAUGCACUGUGUACCGUCUGGAACAGCUACCUUGCACGUUCUACGAUGGCAGUGCAAAGUCCCCAAAGGCAAAGGACGCCGAAGAGUAUAUAAGAACUCCAAGGAUUCCAAGAACAAGGACUGGCCCAGGAAGAUUAACGAAGGUGAACAGCCCGCCAACUUCAAAUGCAACUGGAUUCGCGUGCCGUAUCCAAUCACCAAUGAAUGUCUUUGCACAUGUUAAGAAACGGUAACAGAUUGGAAGAGUUCAUGAAUGUCCUAUUUCAGCUUUUUCCAUUUCACUUUGCCUGGAAGUGGCAACAAAAAUCAUGCCAGGCUAUUCCUUUAUUUCUGCAGAUGUUUGCGAUUAGCACAUCAAAAUGGUUCCAUUUCUUUUAACUUUCCAUUAACGUUUUUUCUUUAACAAAUAAUUAUUUAAAAAAUAUCAAAGCUCUUUCGAACUUAUAACUGUAGAGAGUGAGUCCCAUACUGAGUUCAUUGAUUUCACAUUAGAUCAUUUCUGUUUAAUGGCCACUGAAUGUUUAUUAGCUAGAACAGCGGCUCACUUGAUGCCAUAAUCAGGAGUUCGCGAAAAAAUUACAAGUAAUGGCAGGAAAUAAUAAAGUGUUAUAAAUAGUGCUGAUAAAAAUAAAAAUGUUCAGAAAAUUUAAA